AUGGAAGACUUUUCCGAGAUCUAUCCCUCUACCGAACUGAACCCUACCGGGAGUAACGGCGUCAGCUUUGAACCCGACCAGCUCGUUCCGAAUGGUCUCUCGUCCGCUUUACACUGGCAAGGGCUGCCCUUGAGCCCUGGCACACCUCAAUCUGGCUACUAUCUGUAUCCCAAUCAAUACGAAAGGCCUCCUUUUCCGCAUCAGUCCUCCACCUCGUCGUCGGGAAGAGACGGCACUGGCGUAGGUGCGGGUGCGGGUGUGGCCAAGGUAGCGAUCCCGCGAGCUGCGCCGUACAGCAUCCAUUCGCAGCGUCGCCGGUCGGCGCGAGCCUGCGAGCCUUGCCGACAGCGCAAGAUCAAGUGCGACGGCAACAAGCCGGUCUGUCGACAAUGCCAUGAGCACAAUGUCACCUGUUCCUAUCUGGAUGUGAAGCGGGUGCGGGAUCAGAAGCAGUUGGAGAUCUUGUCGCAGCGAGUCAAAGAGUAUGAGAGUUUACUGCGGGAUUUAGAGACGGAGGUGGAUGCGAACGCUGCGCGACGGAUCAGGAGGACGCUAAAGACCUCCAAGGCCGACAACGAUGACGGCGCGCUAUCGGACAGUUCCAGCUCGUCGGUCGGGUCGCUCAACGCCAUCGACCUGGUCGAAGAGGAUCUGAACCGAAGCCACAAGACGCGAGCGACCGGGUACUUUGGGAAAAACUCCGAGGUGUCCUGGAUGCAGAAGCUGGAGGACGAAGCCGAGAACCGCAGUCGCAUGUUCGACGGGAACUUUGAGUAUCUGGGUCUGGACGAGCAACAACAGCUGCAGCAGAAGAACGAUGUUCCCAUCGCGACGAUGAGCUACCACCUUGAUGAUCUGAACAUCCCGCUCAUGGACGAUGUCGACCCGUAUGACUUGCCGCCGAAGGAGCUCGCGGACCGGUUCUUCGCGGCGUACAUGGAGUCGGUGCAUCCGGGGUUCGAGGUGAUCCGGAAGACCAUCUUUGCGACCCAGUACCGGCAGUUCUUCAGUCAGCCGUCCAAGCCGCCCAAACGAUGGCUGGCGAUCUUGAACAUGAUCUUUGCCUUGGGUUGCCGGUAUUGUCUCUUGUUGAACGAUACAGUCAGUGUCGGAAGCGGUGAGGACUGGGACGAUCUCGUCUACUUUAACCGCGCGCGGAAACUGUGUCUGGGCGAGACGGCGCUGUUUGAACAUACCGAUCUACAGCAGAUCCAGGUGGAGAUCCUGGUGGCCCUGUAUCUGAUAACUUUGGGCCAAAUCAACCGUGCCUCCAACUUUGCCAGCAUGGCCUUCCGCUCCGCGCUGUCGCUGGGAAUCAACCUACGGUUUGAGGACGACCGGACGCAUCACGCGUCCAAGGAAGCCCGCAGCCGGCUGUGGUGGUCCAUCUACGUGGUCGAGCAUCUCCUGACAGCCACGACGGGGCGCGCCUCCUGCGUCAGCGAAGGCCUCAGCGCCGCGCCGCUCCCCAUUCCCUUCGAAGAAGAAAACUUCGACAAACCGCACGCCCUGCAGCUCUUCCAGAACCAAUCGAUGCGGGCCAGUCAUCUCAAGCUCACUCUUUUCGAGACAGACGAAGAAGCCCAGUCGAAAGCGCAGUGGCUUGCCAGCUGCGAGCCCAGCCCCUCGCUCUUCUUCCAUUGUCUGGUCGACCUCUGCACCAUCACCCAGGCCGUCAUCAACAAGGUCUACAGCAUCCAAGGCCUCCGCGAUACAGCGUCCCAACUUGAACAGCGCGUGCGCAAAUACUCCGCAAAACUGGACACCUGGCUCGCCGAGCUACCCCCAGUCUACCGCUUCACCUCGCAGCCGCAUCCACACGACACCCUGCACCUCCCCGACGACGGCUUCAUGCGCGAACGCGUCUGCCUCGCAAUCGCCUACUACAGCGCCCGCAUCACCAUCAGCCGACCCUGCCUCUCACAUUCAAACCCCAAACGCACCACCCUCAACCCCAACCCGAAAUCAACCACCCGCUCAAUGUCCACCACCACCACCACCACCACCAACGAACCCAGCAGCGGCCCAAGCAACAGCAGCGGGCCCAGCAACAACAGCGGCACCGCCAGCGGUGCCACAACCAACAGCACCACCGGCAGCAACCGCCGCACAAACCUCUCCGCCUCCUGCCUCCGCUCCGCCUGCACCCUCAUCUCCAUCCUCCCCGAAACCCCCGACCCCGCCUGGCUCCUCCGCUUCUCCCCCUGCAACCACCGCUCUGUUACUGGGUUUGUCGUCGUCUGCCCCCCUCCCCUCUACCCCCUCCCCAACGCCGCAACCUUCGGCCCCGCCCCCGACACCGCGGCCGUCAUCCGCUGCACCAAGAAAUCUCUCCGCUGGUUGCAUGCCAUGGGGGCAGUCAAUGCCGCGAGUCGGAGGGCGUUCAUUCUCUGCGAUAGUUUUAUGAGGAGGAUUGCGCCCAGUCUGGGCGUUGAGGUGGGUGAUUUGCCCGAUGUGGCGGGGUUGCCUGCUUCAUCGACGCCGACUGCUGCGAAGUCGACUCCGAGUUUCAUGCCGGGUGGGAAUGGGAAUGGCAACGGUAAUGGAAAUGGAGGAGAGGCGUCGGAUGGCGCGUGGGGUUGA